AUGCGCUACGACAAGGAGUACGAUCGCAGACAAGGACGUUCCGAUGAUGGAUACUCGAGACGAGGCCCCCGGUACAAUGCCCGAGACGAACACGACUAUGGCGGCAUGUAUGAUGAAGGCGGCUACACCGGCAAAGAAGACUAUGGUCGUGACCGAUACGAGAACGAGAGGCACCGAGGUGGAAAAGGCCGGUACCGAGACGAGGAUGACCCCAACUCUCGGUCCCCGUCAGGAAGCUACGACAACCGUAGCCGCUCCCACAGCCCAACGCGCGAGGCCGGCAAGCCUAGCGAUACCGUCAUACUCGAAGGUCUACCAUUCAGCAUAUCGUCGAACGAGCUGCGAGAAAGUAUUCUCAGCAACUCGAUUGCCGCCGAGUUCCCCUCGAUCGACGUGCGCGUGUCAGCCUCAAAGGGGCAUCGCAGGGCGUUUGUUCAGUUCCAGGAAGUCGAUCAUGCAGUUAACUUUAUGAGAGAGCAUUAUCCAAAGCUUCUCGUUGAAUUGUCGCAUCCCACUGAUGACGUACCAGAAGGGAAGUUUGAUGCGUAUAUUCACUACGCUCGGAGCCGAGACACUCGCGAUGAGUCUGAUGUUCGAGGAGGCCCUGGCGAUAAUUGGAUUUGCCCUACAUGUGACUUUUCCAACUAUGCUACUCGGACCAAGUGUAAGAUAUGCGGUGGUCCUCAAGCCGCCCCAGCGUGGCAACUGAGCCUUACCGGAGUGGCAGAUGCUGCCGACGUGCCAUCUCAGAUUCUCGUUGUCUACCCCUUGGCGUCAUUCGUGAACGAGAGCAUGCUGGCGGACGACAUGAAGCGCCUGGAGCUUGUGAAACCAGUGAACCCUAAAGACAGCUCAAAUGGUGCGCCUAAGUUGAAGUCGACAGCGCCAACUGGUGACACGACAGGUUACGGUGCCAGACCCGGGUCCCUGCAUCGCGUAUUCCUCAUGCGCGACGUAAACACCAACGAAUCGUUCAAGUACGGCUUUGCGGAAUUCUGGACAGUGAAGGAUGCCACAGCCGCCAUGACCAAAUUCCGCAAGUCACGGUCGUUCACUGUUGCGGCCUGUCCGGUCACUGUGUCUAGCACGCACAUGGGCGUCUUUGUGCCUGAGCAACGGGAGGUGACACCCGAGAUUGACCACUUGUCCUUCAACCCUCUGUUCAACCCGACCAUUCGUGUUUGCUACCGAGACUUUCACGUCUACCCCAGCCAACAGGUGGUCACUACGCAACCUCCGGAGGGAGAGAGCAUCUCGAAACGACCCACUGAUGAAGGGAAUGACAAGAAGCCAAAGAAGCGCAAGGCAGAUGGUAGUCUGCUUGCGUCUUCUACCAAGAAGAUGGUGCCGAUGGCUGGACAGAUGGCCAUGUGGCAACGAAAGAGAGAUGAGCUCCGCGUUGCCCACGAUCAAGGGUCUGAUAAGCCUGAGCUGAGCGACGUCAACCGAACUCCUCUGCGGAUAUCGCUGUCAGGGAGCGGAGCUGAUGGACCGAAAGCUCAAUCUGCGAUCAAGAUCUCAAUAUCUGGAGCCUCCAAGGUUGGAGCCCCUGAGCCUGUGGCUUCUAGCAACCCGGUUCUGUCUGAGACACCGGCUUCGUCUGACACCACACCGAAGCCUCCUGCCGAUGUCGCAGAGAAGCCACCAAUCUCAUACGUUGACCGUGAUCGUCUAAUGUGUCUGAUUUGCAUGCGCAAGUACAAAUCAGUAGACGAGGUCAACAUUCACGAGAAGUCGCGUAACCAUGCCAACGCCAUGGCGAAUGAGGAGCAGGUCAAAGCUGCCCUACCUAGGCUGGCCGCUCGAGAUAAGCGACUGCAGAAGGAGGCAAAGGAGAAGAUGGAUGCUGCAGCAGCCUCUCAGUACCGUGAUCGCGCCAAGGAGAGACGAGAUGCAUACAACCAGCCCACCAAGCCUACUCCAGCACCACAAGGCAAGCCAAAGCCGGUGUCGAAGCCAGAGGAGCCCGCCCCGCCAGCCAAGCCAGCCCAGUCAAAGGGCGCUGGCAUGCUCGCCAAGAUGGGCUGGGCAACUGGUGCAGGCCUGGGUGCGAAUGGAGACGGGCGAACCGACGUGAUCGUGACCAAUGCCUACCAGGAGGGUGUCGGUCUCGGUGCAGAGGGCGGUAAUCUUGGUGAUGCAGCCCAGGUUGCUGAACGCAAGACCAAGAAUAGCUACGCCGACUACGUGAACACGGUGCAGGACAAGGCCAGAGAGCGAUACAACAAGAUGGGAUAG